GCGGGUCGCUUUUGGGAUGCGUCAUCAGUCUGCGCUUCCCACUUAAGGAGGAAGAGGUUUCGGUUGGAGCAUGAUGGCCGCCUGCGAGGCGGUGGCAGCAUCAGCGACUCUGGCUACAGCGACAGAAAGGGCCGAAGAGGGGGCGAAAGCAGCCACCACGGGGACGGCCGCAUCAGCGGCGGCCUCAGGCAAGGCCGCGGUGCCGUCUGCUGGAGGCACGACGGUGAAGGAAGCGGCAGCAGCGGUGACCGAGACGGUAGCUGUGACCACCACAACGGCCGCGAUGGGAGGAGCGGGAGCCGCCCGAUCGGCGGCGGCCGCCAAACUGCUGUCCCUGAGCGGUGUGUUCGCCGUGUACAAGCCCAAGGGCCCCACAUCGGCCGAGCUACUGAACCAGCUGAAGGAGAAGCUCCUGGCAGAAGCUGGUAUGCCUCCUCAAGAUGGGAACAAGAGGAAGAAACAGGCAUUAAAAAUUGGUCAUGGAGGAACUUUGGACAGUGCUGCCACAGGAGUUCUUGUGGUUGGAAUUGGAAAAGGAACAAAAAUGUUGACCAGUAUGUUAUCAGGUUCCAAGAAGUAUAUUGCUACUGGAGAAUUGGGGAAAGCCACUGAUACACUGGAUUCAACAGGGAAAAUUACAGAAGAAAAACCUUACGAUCAGAUAAAGCAAGAAGAUAUUGAAGGCAUUCUCCAGAAAUUCACAGGAAAUAUAAUGCAAGUGCCCCCUCUCUAUUCUGCUUUAAAGAAAGAUGGACAGAGACUUUCAACUUUGAUGAAGAAAGGUGAAGUAGUAGAGGCAAAACCUGCCAGACCAGUCACAGUUUAUAGCCUCUCCCUUCAAAAAUUCCAGCCACCUUUAUUUACAUUAGAUGUUGAAUGUGGAGGAGGUUUUUAUAUCAGAAGCUUGGUCAGUGACAUUGGCAAAGAACUUUCUUCCUGUGCCACUGUGCAAGAACUGACCCGAACUAAACAGGGACCAUUUACACUAGAGGAGCAUGCCCUUCGAGAAGACAAAUGGACAAUUGAUGGAAUAGCACAAUCCUUAGAGCAUUGCAUGCCUCUUCUCUCAGUAGAACCUUCUGUUAAAAAAUUAAAAACUGAAGAUUCUAAAGUACAAGCUGUGAGCUCUGAAGAUAAAACAAGUCAGGUUAAGGAAAAAGAUGGAGUGAUUGGAACAUCUUAAAAUUGGACUGGGAUUGUUAUGUUUUCCUAGUUGAAUUUAUAAUCUUUUGUGUGCAAAAUGACAAGCUGCAUUGUGAAAAAAAAAAGAAAGAAAGAAUUUUCUCUCUGCAUGGAGAAAAAGUCCAUAAUUUCUUAUUUCUACAACAUGCUAUUCAUCUAAUACAUUGUAUUAUAAAUGGGUUUGUCAGUACUCUAAAUUCUUUGCUGUAUUCUAAAGGAACUUUUAGAAUGUUUUUGUGUUACCAUAUUGACAAUAAAAAUUUUAAAUCAAAA